AUGCCUACUCACAUCGAAAAGCCUCCUCCACGGAUCACGCGUGCAAAGCGUGCCUGUCGUGAAUGCAAUGUACGUCGAGUGCGUUGCGACGUGACUGAGCGCUAUCCGUGCUCCAAUUGCGAAAAGGGAUCGGUGUCCUGCGAAAUCUUUGCUUCGCGAAGGGGACGUUACCCUCGCAAGCCCCGAAAGGCAAACGGCCAAGCGUCGCCGGCAACAUCAGCGGGGGCUUUACUGACACCUUCGGCUGCGGGAAAGUCAGUUAUAGUUGCAGCAGGGGCUACGGAAGAGCAUCACCAGAGAAAUAUUCGACAACCUGAAGCUAGGGUAGCUCAGAGUCAGGCUCUGACACCACCAGAUGUUCCAGCAUCCUCGGUCUCUAUCACGUCCCCCGAGGCGACUGUCUUCUAUGGAGAGUCGAAUUUCAUCACGUUGAUGCCCGGACCCCCUCAACAAGAGGUUAAUGAAUGCUCUUCCAACAACGACGCUGGCCAAGGGCGUCGCAGACAUCUUGAACCUCCUUUGAACGUCGUCUUGCCUCGUGCAGAAGUAAACAGCAACAACGGCAACACUCCACCGUCUUCGUAUAAUGCCGCCGAAGACAUACCUGCCAGCACCUUGAGGCUUCUUCGUGAGGAACAAGUGUUGGAGUUUCCAGAUCAAAAGGACUAUAUCCCAGCGCUAGAAGCUUACUUCACCUGGUUCCACCCAUGUUUCCCCAUUCUAGAUCGGCGUCUUACCGCGCAACAUUUAGCAAAUGGGACACUCUCUCCUCUCCUACUGAAUGCGAUGUUGUUUAUUGGCAGCACAUAUUGCACGGAUGAAAUUAUCUCGAAUAUCGGAUUCCAAGAUCGUGCGGAAGCGAAGGCCAGGUUCUAUACCAAGACUCGCCUACUGUAUAGUGCCGACUGGGAACAAGAUAAGAUCACACUGAUACAGUCUGUGUUUUUAAUGAGCUUUUGGAGAGGAGGUCCGACUGAUAUAAGAGACGUGAGAUACUGGCUAGGGGUUGUCAUCUCUCUGGCUGAGUCUCAAGGCCUUCAUCGCUCAACUAAAUUUACAGCCAAGGCCCACAACCCCACGCGGUUACGUCGGAGGAUCUGGUGGUCUAUCUAUGUUCGCGAAAGACAAGCCGCCGCGUCACUGGGGCUACCGAGCAGGAUCAGAGACGAAGACUGCGACACAGAACCUCUUCUUGACUCAGACCUGAGCUCUGAAGUUGUAGACCCGGAAGGGUUUCCCUUUGGAUCCUGCCAGCCGAACCAUAUGGUCUAUGUGAUCAAGAUGGUUGAAAUUGCGAAAUUACUUGGUCGUGUGAUUGAUUUAUAUUUUCUUCCGGGACGAUCUUCUCCCCAACAAUACGAUGUGCAGGUUCUGGAUAACGCGCUGCAUUCAUGGUUUGAUAGUUUGCCUGAAGAUGUAAAGAACGGCGUUGACUCUGACAAUGCACCCAUUUGGACCUGUCUCUUACACCUGGCAUACUACCAUCUUCGAAUUCUAAUUCACCGGAACAGCUUCAUGCGGCAGAGAGAUGCCGUUGACAGCGCCGAAAUGGCGUACCAUGCCGCGACUCGCAUCAGCCGAAUUGCUGAAGAUUUGCUCACCCGCGGGGCACUUCGGUUUGGCCAAAUGCACUUGAUCACUAGUCUCUUCGCCGCCCUCUGCAUUCAUGUUAUCAGUAUUAGAAGGGGAACGGGAGUCGCCCGGCGAAUAGCCGAAAACCGAGCCCAGGCUUGUCUCUUGGGCUUGCAGGAGAUUCAAAAAUAUUGGAGGAUCAACAACAACGUCCUUGACGUUUUCAUGCAGUUUGUCGAUAAUUCCAUCAUGAAGCAGCUAAGAGGAACAAGCGAUGAGAUGACUGAGCCGACAGGCAUUCAUCAGCAAGUGAGCCAGACUGCCUUGGAACAGCCAGAAUCUUCUUCAGCAGCAAAUCGGAUACAGAACGAUAUUUUUGAAGAUCCCCAUCUUUUCAUGUGGAAUGGGUAUUGGGAAGGGAACGAGUCUACGGGAGAUCUCGGGGCCUUUCUGACCGAGUAUAACGAUUUUGAGAUGGAUGUGCUAGAGAAACCUCUCUGA